UCCCUGUCCACCACACCACUUUAAAUAAUGCACACACACACACACACACACACAGCGCAGCAUUUUACAAAAGAAAACAUCGUGGACCUACUUUCUCCCAAGGACUAGCAACGACUAUGUUGUGAUGAAGUACUACGGCUACAGCGGACUGCUCUGCGACGUGAUCGUCGAGGCCGGAGGCGUUCAGUUUUACACGCACCGACAAGCACUGUGGGACCUGAGCAUUUAUUUCAGAGUCCUGACCUCUAGGUGGAGCAGGCCAGACCAGGUCGUGUACACCAUCCCUGGCGUGGCUCCCAACAUCAUGAGGUCCAUCAUUCAGUACGCUUAUUCCAAGAGGAUAAGGAUCACGCGGAGGAACGUCCAGGAUCUGUUGGUGGCGGCCGAUUAUCUGUUCGUGAACGACAUCGUUCAUCUCUGCAAACGGUUUCUAGAGAAGCGGCUCUGCCCACAGAACUGCCGUGACGUUAGGACGCUGGCCAGUACCCACUGCUGGCCUGAUCUUCAUCACCAGGCGUCUCUCAUGAUGGAGUGCAGCCUGCCGUAUCAGCUUGGGGUUUCUGCACCCAGUGCUUAUUUCCAGAGACAGGCCAUCUUACUCGGUGUGGGUUGUUACUCUUCUGGUCGAAGGCGUCAAACACCGUACACGCGGCCGACUGAGAGGAACUCUACCCGAACCCGGAACCGUGCAUGAAUUCAUGCAGAAACACAAAGACACUCAGCU